AUGCACUCACACCUCACCUAUGUUCCUUCCCUGUCUCCUCCGGUAGGGGCUGUUGGCAUACUGCAUGCUGGUUUGAUUCCCUUACUUGUAUUCAAAUUGAAGACUGAGUCGGAUGAGAUCCAGGAGCUAAUCCUUGAUACACUCUCCAACUGUCUGCAUGUGGAGGCUUCUGAAGCUCUAGCAACUGGUGCCGUUACUAUCCUGAAGGAAAAGCUCACACACUCAUCAGUGGCCAUCAGAAGCAAAGCAGCUUGCGUCCUGUUAGAAAUUGGUACUCAUCCAGAGGGAAAAGGCGUGGUAUGUGAAGAAGUUAUUCCUGUGCUGGUGAGCCUGUUGGAAGAUACAGAUCCUGAAGUCCAAGCUAGUGCAACAGGAGCACUGAUGUUUGCUGCUGUUAAACCUCAGGGGAGAUUCUCAGCCCUAGGUGCUGCAGCCAUUCCACCUUUACUGAAGUUGGUUGCUGAGGAAACCAGCAAAGCCCGUCUGAGUGCAAUCAAAACCCUCACCCUGCUGGCUGAGGUACCAGAGGGCCGUAAGACACUCCUAGAUCAUACAGAUACAUUUCAGCAGUGUCUGAAUGAUCCCUGUGAGGCAGUGAAAAGAGCUGCCAAAAUUGCCAUCAGUGUCAUCAAAUGGAAACCUUUCUGAAGACGUGAUGUUUCACAGAGAUCUAUUGCCCUCUAUUGUUCUCUGGCUGUAAAAGUUGCAUGGUUAUAUGAGACCUUCAAAAACAAAACUCUCUUCUU